AUGUCAGUGUUCUCAUCCGAGGAGGUCACAAAUGUAGAUAUUCUCUGUAUGCCAACAGCUCAGAAGGCAGACAAGCGGGUGAAGAAAAUCCAGUGCUUUCUUGAAGAGCCACAAAAAUUGAACAGACUGAACGAGAAGGAGUUCAACAGGUUUGCCUGCAAGGUGGCACAUUUCUUUGUAUGGGAAGGUGGCCUCCUGGAGGGUCUGGGCAAGGGGGCUGUAGUCAAAGUUUCAGGCCAUGUCCAACAUGGAUGCAAUGAGGAGCAGAAAUUGGGGGCUGCUUACAAGGGUAGAGAGCUCAUCUUGGAGGUGCUCAUGUUGUUCGAGGGAUUCAGCAAAGGCACGGGAAAGGCGGGCAAGGGAAAAGCUGAAUUCGGUGUUCAGAAGGGAUACCAUUUGGAGAUCAUGUAUGAGGAUGAGAAGUGCGAUGCAGUCAUGAUGAAUGGAGCUGCAGAAUUCAGCCUUCAAGUCAAUGGCCUUCUCCUCUACAGCAUCAUGGAUCAAUGA